CCAGACUAGGGUAAUGUGUCUAGUCUGAGUCAAGGCUAGCGUCUACACAUUAUCGGCAAUGACACAAAGGCCUGCAAUGAACAUGAUGAAUGUAAUUUCAGUUAGAAUAGGGUGGAAACUGUCGCGUGCAUACACAUCAUUAUGAUCACGGGAUGGGCUAGGCUAGGAGUAGAACUGUAUGACUAGGACUAGGAGCUGAAUUAUCACAUGUCGUGCGUAUGGUAAUUAUUUGUAUACGUCAGGCGCCGGUAGACAGUCUGCAAGUACGUGGCGGUUAAGAAGUCUUUCUGUCUUUGCUGUUACUAAGUAUCAUUCCAGUAGAUGAUCAUUGGAUUGCUCUCACAAUGGAAAAACUGACUCUCUUGCCUGCUGUCGUGCUGUUGAUGUGCUCAGUGUCGGUCUCUAUCAGUGCUGCACAGGGACCCCAAGAACAUGAUCUGCGGUUGGUAAACGGCCCAACCAGCAUGGAAGGACGACUGGAAAUCUUCUUCCAGGGCGAAUGGAGACCAGUCAGCGAUGAAGAUGUUAAGAUAGAGGAAGCGUCUGUGGUGUGUCGUCAACUUGGAUUCCUCUAUGCAGUGGAAGUCAAGUCCUUUGGGCCUGGUUCAGGAGUGGUAGUCAUUAAAGACUUGAAUUGUAACGGCAAUGAGGCCAGUAUUCUGGACUGUUAUCAUGAUGUGCUGGGCAAGUCCCCAUAUUUGCGAGAUAGAGUUGGGGUCAACUGCAGCAAUGUUCUCACUACAGAGGUGCCAACAACUUACGCUCCUGAUAUUACAGCACUCCUAAACAAUGGCAAAUUCCGACUGGUCGAUGGACCUGAUCCCUACCAAGGCCGUGUGGAGGUAUUCCGCGGCAAAGCCCUAGCCUGGAUGCCUAUCUGCAACGUGGACUGGGACUUCACCAGAGCUUCGUUUGUUUGUGAGAAGCUGGGCUUCCGACCCGCUACAGUAGCUGGGACAGGCAACUACGGCCCCGGGGCUGGACAGAUAGCCAACUGCUCGGCUGCAGCAUUUGAUUAUGAUCGCAUUGAUAUUGACCAGGACAGCUGUAGAAUUGUCAAUGAAAGUGAUGCAGUCGGUGAAUGCUCUCAUGAUACGGCAGUAGACGUGACCUGCAGUGGUACAGAGCCAGGCACACAGGAUUAUCUCCGGUUCGUUGGUGGAUCUCAACAAUCUGAAGGUCGUGUGGAAAUCUACAACGACAACGUGUGGAAGGGGCUGUGUUCAGACGACUGGACCAUGGCAGAGGCCCAGGUUUCCUGUCGGCAACAGGGCUUGCCACCUCCUCAAGAGGUGGUCUCAGGUGGGACGUUUGGAAGCAGCAAGGCUGGCGAUAUCCUGCAGGUUUCGCUGGACUGUACCGGGCAGGAGUUUAGUCUGGCAACGUGCCCUCAGAUGGCGAGGCAGACACUGUGUGCUAGUGGUGAUGCUGCAGUUCGGUGUGGUGAACCAAGUGAAGCUCAAGAAUUUGAUCUACGGCUUGCCAAUGGCGGAACCACUUGGGAAGGCCGAGUGGAGAUGUUUUACCAAGGGGAGUGGGGAACCAUUUGUCAUCCACGCUGGGUGGUCUUUCAUGAGGCGAUGGUGGCAUGCCGUCAGUUGGGAUUCCAAUACGCAGAGGGACUGACAAGAGAGUUUGGACCAGGAGUAGGGAAUGUGAUCUUGCAUGGAUUACUCUGCAAUGGCAACGAAGAGCGACUCGUUGAUUGUUAUUAUCGCCAGCUGGGAAUUCGAGAAUCACCUUGCGACCAUAGUGAAGAUUUUGGCAUCAUCUGCUCCAAUAUUGAUCCGAUGACACCUCCUUAUCCCACACGAGAUGGCGCACUACGACUUGUUGGCGGUCCGGACCCUUCCCAAGGUCGCGUGGAGGUCUACAUCGCCGAAGAGGGAGCGUGGGCCAGAAUCUGCAGUGAAAACUGGGAUUUCAGCAGAGCAGAAUCUGUGUGUCAGCAACUCAAAUAUCGUCCCGCCACGUCAACUGGUACAGGCCGCUAUGGUGCAGGGACCGGUUCAAUUGUAACUUGCCCAAUCACCGGUAUUUCAUACACCUCAUUAGACACGGAGAAUUGCCAACUGACAGACACCUGCACUCAAGAUAUGGAUGUCUUCGUGGUCUGUAGUGGCAAAGAACAAGGUAUCAAGGGCGAGAUUAGACUUGUCAAUGGCUCUGAGCCCACCGAAGGACGCGUUGAAAUCUACGACCAGAACGCCUGGAAAACGUUGUGUGCCGAUGACUUUACAUAUGUCGCGCAGCAGAUUUCAUGUCGCCAGCUAAAUGUGCCUUUCCCUCCUAAGGAGGUCCCAGGGGGAAUGUUUGGCGAGAGUCAGGUCUACGAUGUUUUAGAUGAUGUCCUCAACUGUACACUCCGGACUACGCAGCUGAAAUUCUGUGAUCGGGCUCCCAGACAAACCCCUUGUGUGGGUGGUCAUGCUGCGGUUCAGUGUGGCAUUUGGAAGAAUGCCGACGAGUGGGAUUUGCGACUGAGCGGUGGCCUUGAGGAGAGAGAAGGACGCGUUGAGAUCUUCCACAAUGGCCAGUGGGGCCAGGUGUGUGACGAUCUGUGGGAUGAUCAGGAUGCUAAUGUGGUUUGCCAUCAUCUGGGCUAUCGGAACCUGUAUUCGCGCUACACCAAUGCUCGCUACCUGUCUCGAAAUGGCGCUCUGGUGUGGCUGAAGAGCUUGAGGUGCCAGGGGAACGAGGAACACAUCUCUGAGUGUGGUGCUGUGCUCGGGGAACCAGUCGAUUGCACCGGUUCCUUUGCAGAGGUCAUGUGUGAGGACCGCCCUUUCGCCAGUAAUUAUGAAGCACGCCUCGUUGAUGGACCACACCCCAACCAGGGUCGCUUGGAACUACUGUACGAAGGUGCUUGGUGGACUGUCUGUGAUGAUGACUGGGACAUGAAGGAUGCAGAAGUAGCUUGUAGGCAGCUGGGCUUUGCCUCAGCCGUGGCGGCUUUGGAUGGUGAUGAAACGGCUAGUCUGUAUGGGUCAGGAGAGGGAGGGAUCCUCUUGUACGAGUUGGGCUGUGACGGCACAGAGGAGAGCAUCAUCAAGUGUCCACUCUCAUACCCAUUUGCUGGUUUAUGUCGACACGAUGAAGAUGUCGGUGUUGUCUGCUUCAGCGAGGACUACCCAAGUGAUGACCCACGGCCAGAGCCUGAGGAUCCUGGGGACGGCCUAUCAAGCGCCCAGAUCCGCAACAUCAUCCUUUACGUCCUGAUAGGCUGCUCGUUGCUGUUGACCGUUUGCGGGUGUGUCUACAAACUGCACAAGAUAAAGUCCGAGCCCCAGGUUGUGGUUAUGGGCCCAAAUGAGGGAUUCACAGGGGCAGGAACCGGCCAGUACAGUGCUGUUAGUCAGGAUGCCCCACCGGCUUAUGAAGACGUUACCAAGGACCCAGGCAAGUUGGAUACAACAGGGGGUACCGAGUCCGCAGAGCCUUCUGCCCCACCACCUACAUAUGCCCAGACAAGCACCGUAUGAGGACCCUUUGCCUUAGAUUGAAACUUUUCUUGAAACGGCAAAUCCAGGUUUGUUCAUCUGAGGACAGAAAAUGACAAGGAAAGUGUCAAAUAACGAACGCAAUGCAAUGCAUUUAUUGCAUGCAAUCAUGCACAGUAAUCAUGCGGGCGGAGUGCAAAAAGUGGCAUCUGCCACAUGCAUAUUGAUGCCCCUGUUUAUCCGUUGGUGUUUUUUUUUUUAUGAAGAGCAUGCACUGCCUGUUGAAAUUCAUGUCUAUGCACAAAUAGAUAUUCUCAUCAGGGCAUUGUUUUUAUGUAGGACAGGACGCUGUAUUAUCGCGGUGCUUAUCAUGUUUCUCUGUUGGAACAGAGAUUGAUCACUUACCUUCCCGUAUUGUCUUAUCUUUUGUGCUGUUUAUUAAGUCUGUAACUUUUCACAUUGAUAUAAGAAGUUCCGGCAGAGGUUCAAUUUAUUCCCUCUAUGAUGCCUGCGAAAAUACACGUAGGUAUGCGAGCAGUACGAGAGCGAAGUUGGACUUCCUUUUACUUCGGUAGGCAGGCGAUGGUUUCUACGAUGGCCUGAACAAUUUUUAUUCAUAAUUACUGUUGGACCUGCACAUACCCUGAAAAAGGUCUGCAAAUUGCCUAAUAAAGUCCAACUUGAUUUAGGUGUGAACAAUGAUUUCUUAACAACCCGGCCCAGGAAAGUAAAAAUGAUUAUUGGGACAAGUCUACUGAUUGACGAUUGGGGCCUGGCACACGUCAUACAGUGUGCCCUUUUUAAAAAAAAAAUUUAUGUGUGCUACCCUAAUUUGCAUUCCAUACAAAUUUUUAAGAUUUUGCGGUGGAAAUUGUGAUCUUCGACAUUAACUUUUGCAGCAGUGAAAUGGGAACCAGACUAAGAAACCUCCAUGGACAGAGCAGCAUUAGAGAAAAAUGUUCAAAGAUAGACAAUGCCUUUUGGCAGACAUGGUUUUUAUGUGUGCUACCCUAAUUUGCAUUCCAUACACAUUUUUAAGAUUUUGCGGUGGAAAUUGUGAUCUUCGACAUUAACUUUUGCAGCAGUGAAAUGGGAACCAGACAAAGAAACCUCCACGGACAGAGUAUCAUUAGAGAAAAAUGUUCAAAGAUAGACAAUGCCUUUUGGCAGACAUGGUGAGGGGAAAUUUGUAAAAAAAAGUACAAAAUUAUCUUUAAAUCAUUCAAAUUUACCUAAAAGACGCGUAAUCUUUUGUUUAUACAACUGGACAGAAUAUCCUUAGUUACUGUAGAACUGCAUGAAAACUGUCGCUAGAGAUUGUACCGGCAACACAAAAGAGAAAUUUUCUGAUGCCGCGAUAGAACAGAGUCCGACCAGGUAGAGUGUAGAUGUAUCUGUAGAUAUAUGCGUAUACAUGCGUAAGGUACCAAAAUAUAUAAUUUAAUAUUUGUAAGGCAAAUGUUACGCACAGUUUUACUUACAGGUAAACAUCUUUUACCUGUAUCGACAGUGUGUCCAGUUCCACAAAAAAGGGUAUUUUGUCGCCAAAAAAAGGAGAAAUUUGAGUUACAUGGUUGGAAAGCCCACGUUCACGUAAGCUGUCAUACUGGUAGAUACUUCAGUCAUUGAAAUCACCAUUUCUGUGAAUGAACACUGAAACCUGAGGUAGUAAGGAUGUCAUUCAUGACAAAUGAAAAUCAUAUUUUGACGAAAUGUUCACCUCUCAACGUUGAGCAAGCCAUUACACAAUAAUGCACAGCGCAACUUACUACCCUUUUUUUGUGAAGCAGGUCACGACUUUGGUGUCUGUGUCUUAUCUAAUGUAAUGUAAUGUACUUUAUGGAAAUUUCGUGUUUUUUAGGUAGGAAUGUACGAUUCUGUUGUUAAUUUCCUCUCCCUUUUAUAGAUUUUUAAAAAUUUGUGAAGUGCUUUGAGACAUUUUGUGUAAAGUGCUAUAUAAGUGUCAUUAUUAUUAUUAUUAUUAUUAUUAAUGGUGGUUAAGCGGAUUAUGUGCAUUGCAGAAGUAGGCGGGGAGGGUGCAUGCUGAAAUCUUACCCUACGGCCUUAUGCUUCUUAAAUACAUUGUUGACCCGAAUCAUAAUGUUUCACGCCUUGCUUACAUGAAAGGUUUUUUUGGGGGGAGUUUGGGUGGCUCUUUUAAUCGGCCCCAACCGGUUCCCAUAGCAAAGUGGGCAUGUAAACAAAGUGGGACAUCACUAUGAUAUCAGGCCUAUUUGACCUAUCGCCGUUUGCAAGUAAGCCACGCCCCUUAGACAACCCUAUGGAGUUUUUGUACACUAAGUUUUGUUUGUCUCAGAUUUUGCGCAUUCCUCGUCCAUUUGUAAAUCAUGUAUUGGACAAAAUUUCACAAGCUGCGCUGACGCGAUUCUAAUGCGAUUCUAACGCGAUACUACUGCAAUAGGUCAAUUAAAUUGGCAGCUGACAGCACCCAUUUAAAAAAAAAAA